AUGUCCGUCGCGCCGCAGGUCGUUCCGUGCGGCUCGUACGACAUCGUACUGGGCUCGUUGCUGCUGCAGUCGCGCUUCGUGGCUGAGGAUCUGCUGCAGCGUCUGCCGAACACUUCCACUUUCGUGAUCCUCACGGAUGCCAACGUCGGUCCGCUGUACGCCGAACCGCUGCGUGCACAGUUGGCCGAGCUGCUACAGGCUCAGGGCAACACCGCACGCCGUGUAUUGCUGCAUGCUGUUCCUGCGGGUGAAGCGUCCAAGUGUCGCGAGAUGAAGGCGAAGAUCGAGGACGAGGUCUUGUUCCCCAACCGUUGUCACCGUGACACGUGCGUCGUGGCUGUAGGCGGCGGCGUCGUGGGCGAUUUGGCCGGAUACGUGGCCUCCACCUACAUGCGCGGUGUGCCAUUCGUGCAGGUUCCUACGUCGCUACUGGCCUGUGUGGACUCGAGCAUCGGUGGCAAGACUGGUAUCGAUGUAGAGGCCGGCAAGAACCUGCUUGGCGCCUUCCACAUGCCGCAACGCGUCUACAUCGAUCUAAACGUGCUGCACACUCUGCCUAAACGCGAACUCGUCAACGGAAUGGGCGAAGUCAUCAAGUCUGGCGCCAUCUUCAACGCCGAACUCUUUGAGCUGCUCGAGAACUCGGCUGAGACCAUCCUCUCGCUCUCCGAUAUGGACGUCGUGCAGCGCGUCGUGGCGCUCACGGUGCAAGUCAAGGCCACAGUCGUGACGCAGGACACGAAGGAGAUGGGUCUGCGCGCCAUCCUCAACUUUGGCCACAGUAUCGGCCACGGCAUCGAGGCGCUGCUUCAGCCUGAAUAUCUGCACGGCGAGUGCGUCUCCAUGGGCUGCAUCAAGGAGGCUGAGAUCGCUCGCGGCAUGGGAAUCUGUACCUCGGCCACUGUGGGUCGUCUGCGUCGCUGUCUUGCUGCCUACGGUCUUCCCGUGCGCGUGCCGGAUCACGUCGCGACACGUGACGUCCUGGUGAAGAUGGAAGUCGACAAGAAGAACAGCCAGGGCGUCAAGAAGAUUGUGCUGCUGGAAGAGAUCGGCAAGGUGCUGGCCAAUCCGUACGCGCGUGCUGUGAAGGACCAUCAGAUUGAGCUCGUGCUGGAGAAGCAAGUUCGUAUGGUGCCUGGUGCCAAGGCCAACGGUACUAUCCGUGUGCCUGGAUCCAAGUCCAUCUCGAACCGUGUGCUGCUCAUGGCCGCUCUUGGCAAAGGCUCGUGCCGCAUUACGGGUCUCCUGCACUCGGACGAUACUCAGGUCAUGAUGAACGCGCUGCAGAAGGUUGGGGCCAAGUUCUCCUGGGAAGACAACGGCGCCGUGUUGGUCGUGGAAGGCACAGCUGGAAAGUUUGCCACCGUGGCCGAUGGAGAAGAGAUUUACCUCAGCAACGCCGGCACGGCUGCUCGUUUCCUCACGAGUGCGAUGACUCUGGUACCGAGCCAGAACGGCGGCACGGUGGUCGUCACGGGCAACUACCGAAUGAAGGAGCGUCCGAUUGCGCCGCUGGUUGACGCUCUACGUGGCAAUGGUUGCGAGAUUUCUUACUUAGAGACUGAGGGUUGUCCACCGCUGGCGAUCCGCGGCACUGGUCUGCGUGGUGGCACUGUGCGUCUGGCCGCCAAGGUCAGCAGCCAGUACGUGUCUUCCGUGCUUAUCAGCGCACCGUACGCCAAGGAACCGCUCGUGCUGGAGCUCGAAGAGGAAGAACCCACUUCGCUCCCGUACAUCCUGAUGACCACACAGCUCAUGAAGCAGUUCGGCAUCCCGGUGGAAACGCUAGCCCCCAACCGCUACCGUGUGCCCUGUGGCGUGUACGAAAACCCGAAGGAAGUAUCCGUGGAAGUGGACGCGUCGUCAGCCACGUACCCGCUGGCAUUUGCUGCUAUCACGGGUGGACAGGUGACGGUGGAGGCUCUGGGAAACACCAGUCUUCAGGGAGAUGCUGCCUUCCACACUCUACUGCGCUCGAUGGGCUGCACUACAACUCAAGACGCCACGUCCACGACGGUCUCGGGUCCGCAGGAUGGCACACCGCUGAAGGCUGUGGAGAUCGACAUGGAGACGAUGACUGACGCGUUCAUGACGGCUGUUGCCCUCGCUGCAGUGGCCGAUGGCACGACCAAGAUCACUGGUAUCGCGAACCAGCGUGUGAAGGAGUGCAACCGCAUUGAGGUCAUGGUGACGGAGCUGCGUAAGAUUGGCGUGGAGUGCGGGCACUGCAGGUAA